UAUGAAAAACAGAGCAAAAGAGAGAGACACAAAAAAACAGAGCAAAAGAGAGAGAGAUGCAAAAAAACAGAGCCCCCGAUUCCCCUCAUCUCUCCUAGAUCGCUGCCACCUCUCCCUCCUCCGAUCCACCUCGCUGCCGGCCCUUCCGUUCCCCUCAUCCCACCGCGCAGCUUCGGCGGCUGCUGGAUCCAUUGCAUCCCCCACCCACCGAUCCCUCUCGCGUCUCAUCUCUAGCUCUCUUCACGCGCCUCCUCGCCAUCUACGACGGCUAAUUCAGGCGACGUCCGGCGAAUCCCGCCAUCACGAAGCACAGCCCGAGCUCCCCAUCGAAAUGCGGCACCGUUCCAUGCGACUAGAUCCGCUGCUCACGCCCCCCCUGCCAAGGGUUUCGGGCGUCGGCUCCGGCGCCGGUGGGCAGGUCGUCCUCCUCUUGUACUCCUCUCUUCCGACGUGCAGGGAGGAACAGGCUACGUGUGAACUCCAUCGUGACACUACUGACGGUGAUGUCAAUGGACGAGAUGUGCCUUGGGUUGACGAGCAUGCACUGAGGAGGGAAGUGAAAAAGGAAUACGUCGCCAAGAGAACUCAAUGGUACGGUGCUGGAGGUGGAGGAGGUGGCCAACAUGGCGCUGUACGUGGAGUUGGACGAGGCUAGUGGCGGACGUGGCAAGAAGUGAAGAAACCAAGAGGGGGGCAUUUUUUAAACAAAAUAUAUUAGAAUCUGUGUAUAUAGUAUUGUACAUUGUAACAUUCACUCUCCGGGUUUGUUGGAUCACGCCGCGCCCUGGCCUGCGUGCCUACAUUGUAGGGCGACGGGUGCUCCACUUUCCCUUCAUAUACUCUAUACUCUGUAACAGUUUCAAUCAAUCAAGGAAAUAUAGUUUCUUCCGGGUCCCCUUUAUGGCCGGCACGCACUCCUCCCCGUCCGUCGCCGCCAUGGAUUCUGUCACCUCUCCGGCCUCCCUCACUUCCACCGCGCCUGCCGCCACCACUGUCGCGGCCUCCUCCUCCACUUCCUCCCCGCCGUUCGUCUUCGGCACGCCCCCCUCUCUCUUCAGCAGCAAUAGCUCCGCCGUGACCGGAUCGCAGUUCGCCCCUCUCUUCUCCUUCGCAACUACUACGCCACCACCCCCUGCCCCCCGCCUCUCCAUCUACAACGACCAUAUCUCCAACCACAUCAAAUUCCUCCUCAACCCUGCGGAUCACAACUACCACAAAUGGAAGUCUUUCUUCCUCAUGGUCCUCAUCCGCCACGGCGUCAAGUUUCUCAUCGAGCACCCUCCUCCUCCCAACGCCGAUGCUGCCUACCUCGAGCUCGAUGCCCAUGUCGUUCUCUGGAUCUAUGCCACGCUCGCCGACUCCAUGGUGGAUCACGUCGUCGGCGCCACCAACACCUUCGCCCUCUGGCACAAAAUCAAGGAUUUCUUCCUUGCCAAUCGUGCUGCCCGGUUCAUGAUCCUCAACCGGCAGUAUCGCAACCUCAAGCAGGGCGACCUUCCUGUGGCCGAGUACGCGCGGCGCAUGAAACUCCUCACCGACGGUCUCGCAGACAUCGAGCACGCCGUCACCGAGGUCGAUCUCCGCACCCAGUUCCUUCAUGGCCUCGACAAGCGCCUCGACACCAUUCGAGUCGUCCUCGGCGACCAGGAGCUGCCCUUCGACACCGUGCUCUCUCGGGUCAUCCUGGCCGAAGAGUCCCAGGAACAGCGUGCCGCUGAGGAGAGCGCCUCGGCGUUUGUGCUCCCCGGUGGUGACCACGGCCAGAGCGGUGGCUCCGGCGGUGGUGCUCGCGGUUCCGGCAGCGACCGCUCCAAGGACCGUGCCCAGGGCCACCUUCCUCAUCAGCAGCAGCAUGCCCCUGGUCGUGGACGCGCCGAUCGCUCGGCCGAUGGCGGUGACCGUGGCCGCGGCCGUGGACGUGGCUGGGGCGACCAGUCGGGUCGCGGAUCUGCACCGCAGCUCCAGUUCUCGCCGUUCACGGGCUACUUUGCGCCCUACGGCAUGGCGCUCCCCUCGCCCCGUUCUGGGUGGGUGCCCCCGAAUGCCGCCGGCGUCCUCGGCCCGCGCCCUGGCUUCCACGCGCAAGCCUACCCCAUGUACCAGCCUGCACCGCCUCCUCCGUCCUACCCGCUCCAACCGCCGUCAUGGGAGCACCUUGCGAUGCUCAACGCCGCCUACAGCAACUCCGGCUUCCCCACCACUCCCGGCACCGAGUGGUUCCUCGACAGCAGCGCCUCUUCCCAUGUGACGGGCAGUCAAGGAUCUACGCACUCGGAAAGUUCUCAUGAUCUCCGCUAG